GUGUCAAAGUUUCAGCUUGAGCACGUGUACCGAGUUAAAAAUCUUAUCGUAAUGUUAUCAGAUUUUCAGUAAGUCAGAUCGUCCCGAAAAGCGCCCACAUCUCCUGCAGAACUCGAAGAAACAUUUUACUAUGCCUUCUGACUUCUUUGUGAGUGAGUGAUAUUUUGAAAAAAAAUUUGUGCAGUGCCGCUAAUACCCAGUUGUCAUGAUUAUAUCAAAAGAUCUUUUUCUGCUGGGGGACCAAGACUACUUGAGGCUCCCUAAUAAAGACGAAAAGAGGCCAGCUAUGAUAAGACCUGUCGUCAAACCACAGAGGGUAGAGACAACAGCAGUACAUUUUCCAAGUCUACUCACCGACCAGCGUCCGCUUCCAGUCCACCUAGCCUUCAGGGGCAUCACAGUCAGUGCUGGCAACCGACCGAUCCUCCAGGACAUAGAUGGACUCGUCAGGCCCGGCCAGAUCCUGGCCGUCAUGGGCCCGAGCGGAUGUGGAAAGACGACCCUCCUCAACGCACUCAGCGGUCGCCUGAAAUUGGAUUCCGGUCAGAUCUUUCUCAACAGGGAUCCGCUAUGCAAGAGGUGGAAGAGAAAGAUCUGCUACGUCCUCCAGCAGGACAUAUUCUUCCCGGACUUAUCGCUAAGGCAAACUUUAGAGUACACAGCAAGACUGAGAUUACCUGAAACAAUGAGUCAUUCACAAAAGAUGCAGUACGUGGACCACAUAAUCGAGGUCCUGGAGCUGGGGAACUGUCAGGACACCAUAAUAGGGGAUUACAUGAAGAGGGGGCUCAGCGGGGGGGAGAAGAAGAGGGCGAACAUCGCAUGUGAACUGCUAACUAAUCCGUCACUCAUGCUUCUUGAUGAACCGACAUCCGGCUUGGACUCGCACGCAGCCCUCAGCCUUAUGACCACGCUGAAACGGUACGCGGUUUCAGAGGGAAAAACAGUAGUUAUAACGCUCCAUCAGCCUUCGUCGCAGAUAUUCCAUCUUUGUGAUAAAUUGCUUCUCCUCUGCAGUGGCCAGACGGCCUAUUAUGGUGAUACAUGCAAAGUUGUCGACUUCUUUAGCAGCGUUGGACUGAAUAUUAUGCCCCAUUAUAAUCCUGCGGAUUUUAUACUGGAACAAGUCAAAGGACCUUCGGAAUUGAGACAAAGGAUUAUAUUGGCAGCUAAGGAGGCGAGGAAGAACAAGGACUAUCCCGUUGAGUUGAGUCAAGAUUGUCAAUAUAUCACGGAUAAAUAUAACGACCAUUCUACCAAAAUCGUACCUGCUUCGCACGGGCCAUAUCCAAGUCUAGAACAAGACACAUUAAACUCAGUGGAACCAGACGUCCGAAGGCUGUGGCUGGACACGCACUCGCACGCUUCCUCCUCGGUGAGUUCGGAGACGAGCGACUCGGACUGUUACUUCUCGUGGCCUACCAGCUUCUGGACGCAGUUCAAAGUAUUAUCGCAGAGGAAUUUCCAGGAGGCGAGGCCCAGGAUGUUAUCCAAAUUGUACUGGGUCCAGACGAUAGGUCUGGGCAUCCUGGCGGGACUCCUUUGGUUUCAGCUGGAGAGGAACGAGGACGCCCUCCACGAUAUUCAGGGGUGGAUGUUCUUCUCCACCACGUAUUGGAUGUUGUUCGCGCAUUUCGGGGCUCUCAGUUCUUUCCCCCCAGAACGAGAAGUGAUAAACAAAGAAAGGCAGUCGGGGGCCUACAGAUUAUCAGCUUACUACCUAGCCAAAAUGAUAGGGGAGCUACCGUUAACGAUGACACUCCCAGCAGUUUACCAUCUCAUAUCAUAUCCGAUGCUAGGAUUCCAUUCGCCGCUUGUGUUCCUGACGCUGCUGGGCUUCCUGCUGCUGAACACGGUGGUGGCGCAGAGCGUCGGCUUCUUCAUAGGCGCCUGCUGCAUGGACAUGCAGGUGAGCAUCACGAUCAGCGCCCUUUACACGCUGGCGACCCAACUGUUUGGCGGUUACCUAGCCACGAACAUACCGGCCUGGCUCACGUGGAUGCGGUACAUGUCGAUGGUCCACUACGCUUACCAGAACAUGCAGAUCAUCGAGUUCGGCGAGGGGCUGCCCAUCAAAUGUGCGGAACAAUCCAAAUUCAAAAUCUGCACCAAAACGUCCCACAUACCAGUAACCUCCAUAUUGGAAGCCCAGGGAACAUAUCUGCCCCUUUGGGCGAACACCAUCGUCCUGUUGGCCUUCUUACUUGUAUUUCGUAUACUAGGUUAUAUAGUCUUACGUUACUUUAAAGCUCCCAAGUGA